CGUGGUGCCGCGCGGCGCAAGCCGGUUUCUACAGCGCGUGGCGCCCCCCGGCGGCAGUAGGUCCUCAAUGCGACGGCCUGACCGGCGUGCUGGCCAUGGAGCCGCAGAAAGAGGCGCGGACAACCCCGGCCCUCGUCGCUAGACCGCCAGGGGCCUCGAGGUCUCAGACGCUUAGUGAGGAGGAGAGGCGAGAGGGCGGUGCAUCGCUGGUAGCGUCCACCUUGGACGCGGAGGCCGACAGCGCCAGUGCAGAGGGGCUCUGGGAGUUGCCAGUGGAGCCGGCUGAGCGGAGGCCCGAGUGCAGCCGCUGCAGCCGACCUCAGAAAGUAUGUUUGUGUCCAUUUCUACCUGUACACCCUCUGCACAUCUCUACCCACUUGUACAUAAUUCAGCAUCCAGCAGAGGAAAACAAAGUGUUGCGGACUGUUCCUCUCCUAGCAGCCUGCCUCCCCCAGGACAAGUGUAAAGUAAAGAUUGGUCGUCGCUUCAGUGAAGAAAGAGAUGUUGAACUUUCGACUGUCUGCCGGAAGUCUAGUACAUUAAUAUUAUAUCCAGGGGCUGAAGCUACAGAUUUGGAAGAAUUUAUAUUAGAUUCUCCUGUUUAUCCUUCUACAAUCAUCAUCAUUGAUGGUACAUGGAGCCAAGCUAAGGACAUUUUCUAUAAAAAUUCCUUGUUCCGUCUUCCCAAACAGGUGCAGUUAAAAACUAGCGUUUCCAGUCAGUAUGUCAUUCGGAUGCAGCCAACCAAUACGUGCCUUUCUACACUGGAGUGUGCUGCUGUUGCUCUUUCCAUCUUGGAGAAGAAUAGUCAUAUACAGGAGACUUUGCUUCGUCCUCUUCAAGCUUUAUGCUCUUUCCAGCUUCAGCAUGGUGCUCAAAUUCGUCUCAGCAAGGAAUAUCUUCUGAAAAAUGGCUUAUAUCCUAAGCCAAUGCCAAGAAACAAACGCAAACUCAGGAAAAUGGAACUAUUAAUGAAUAGUGUUAAAAUUUAGUACAAAUUAUUCUUUUGGUGCUAGAUUACCUGUCUUUUUAACUGAAAAUACCAUGUUAUGUUUUAAUACAGUUUAGGCCUGUGUAUUUCUGACUCUAAAGAAUGAAGGUUGCUCUAAUUUUGUUGUGAAGAAGGAAGUAAAGCAAAUAGCCAUACAGCAUAAAACAAAAAUUUCACUGACUCUGAAAAGCAAAAUUUUAUACUGUAUUUGUUUAAAAAAUGUGCCUCUACUACAUUUUUUAAAUCCAUAAUUUAAAAUAUGAUUAGUUAUAGUACUAGGCUUAGAAAAAUUCUGGUUUUAAAGUGGAAGAAAAUUGUGCCUAAUUGAAACAGUAUUAUUCCAUUAAUAUUUCUGGGUAACUAGGCAUAGGCCGAUAAUGGAAUGCAUCCUGUACAUAUAGCAAAAGAAAAUAAUGUUAAUCAAAUAGUUUAGAUCAAAAUUUUAUUUCAUGAAAGAGUAUAAAAGAAUAAGAAAGCUUUAUUCUAUAGGAGCUAAACCUCAACUCAGGCAAUGUGAUUUAAGUAUUCUGAAUAUUGCCUGAAUUUUUGCAUGUUAUUUUGAAAUAGCAUACAUUCCCAUUUGUUAUAAUUCUAGAUAAAUUUUGAUUUUUUAGCAUUCAUUGAACAGGUUUAUUGACUAACUGAUAAACUAGAUUUUAUUGUUUCCAUAUGGAAAUAACUGAAGUAGAAUAUAAUACAACUGUAAUUUUAAGAACACAUUUCUUUAAGUUGGGCUAUUUAAAUCUGUUUUAAUGAGUGAAACUUUUGAUUUGAGACAUCAGAUUUCCCCUACCCUGUCAGGGAAAUAUUUUCUGAGUUUUCAUAUAGCAUAAGAGAAAUAUAUACAAUGUUUAUUUAUAUCCAACUUAAAUCUACUACUGUUAGGUUACAUGUUAGCAAAAAGAAAGGACUUUGUUUUGGUCUCUCUUUAUGAUAUCUAGAGUUUUAGAGUUUCCAUUAAUCCCAAGUUCAGUUGGAAGGAAAAGCUAAACAUGCAAUUUAAAGGAAAGCAUGAUAAAGGUGUGUGUGUGUGUGUGUGUGUGUGUGUGUGUGUGUGUGCGCGCGCGUGCGCGUGCGCAUAAAAUGAGUAUAUACCAAGGGCAGUUUCUAACAAUUUUCUUGCUCAUUUAUUUAUCAUUGACCUAGAUUAGACCUUUACUAAAAGCUAUAAGGCUAGUCACAAUUAGAAUUAUAAUGAAUGUUUAGGGAAACUAUGCAGAAAAGACUUUAAAAUAAUGAACAAAAGUUAGAUUUCUGUUUUGCAUUGUUGGCUUAUUUUUGGAUUUAAAAACAAAUUAGCGCAAUUAUCUGAAAUACCUAAUUUAAAUUAGGUAUUAUUAUUAAUACCUAAUUAACAUUAUUUGUAUUAACAAAGAAAUAAUAAUGUGUAAUUAUUUCUUAAGUGGUUAAAAUCAUCUUGCAGUAAAUUUUUAUGUUGAAAUCAAACUUCACAAAUUUCCUCUAGUGUUAUUACUGAUUUAAGAAAAACCUCCAU